AAUGGAAUUUGCCUUAAAUCCCCCUACUAAUAUUCAGUCAGUAAUCAACUUUCUUGGAUCUAAUGGUUAUUUCCGAACAUUGGGUGUUUUAAUGGAGGAGAUUAAUAUGCCCAAUCCAAUCCAACAAAUACCGGGACCUAUGUGGUUUAGUUAUCAUCAAAUGCCAAGCCAACCUAAUGCGGUUUUAACAGCAAAACCACCACAAGAUCUUGAGAAACGAAAAUUAGUUCAACAACAAUUAGUUUUUCUUUUGCAUGCCCAUAAAUGUCAGCAAAGAGAAAAGUUGGAGCCGGAAUGGCGCGGUUGUUGUAAUCUUCCAUAUUGUGCUAUAAUGAAAGGUGUUUUGGAACACAUGGUUAAAUGUAAAUCUGGGCGUAAAUGUCAUUUCGCUCAUUGUGCUUCUUCUCGCCAAAUAAUUUCUCAUUGGAAAAAUUGUCCUGAAGAAGAUUGUCCUGUGUGUAAUCCUAUUAGAAAAUUUAUUGCUGAUAAUGGACAAAGUCAAGUGAUAGAUAUACUUUGUUAA